AUGAAGCGUAUUAACGCUCCAUCCCACUGGAUGUUGGACAAGCUUACAGGAAAGUAUGCACCGAAGGCCUCUCCAGGACCACAUAAAUCGCGCGAAUGUUUGCCCCUCCUAGUUUUACUCAGAAAUCGUCUGAAAUACGCACUAACCUACGAUGAAGUAAAAUUAAUAGUAAAGCAGAGACUGGUGAAGGUGGAUGGGAAAGUCAGAACUGACAUCACAUACCCAACGGGAUUUAUGGACGUAGUUUCACUUGAUAAGACGAAUGAGAAGUUUAGAAUGCUUUAUGACACUAAGGGGCGCUUUUGCCCACACAAGAUCACAGACGAGGAGGCCACGUACAAGCUUUGUAGAGUAAAGAAAACAUUCCUGGGACCAAAGGAAGUAAACUUGGCUGUAACUCACGACGGAAGGACAUUCAGGUGUGUCCACCCUGAAGUAAAGGCUGGAGACUCACUGAGAGUGGAGGUUUCUACAGGGAAAGUCCUGGAAUUUCUUAAAUUUGAACCCGGAAACUUGGUGAUGAUAACAGGAGGCCACAACGUAGGGAGAGUCGGGACAGUAGUUAGUAAGGAGAAACACCCAGGAAGCUUCGACCUCGUGCACGUCAAGGACUCCCAGGACAGCACCUUCUCAACUAGAAGCACAAACGUGUUUGUGAUUGGCGUUGGAACCAAGAGCUACGUCUCACUUCCAGCUGAAAGGGGUUUGAGGAAAACCAUAAUUGAACAGAGGAACGAGAGACUUGCAAAGUCACUACGCCACUAA